UCCUACAGAGGACCGCAAAUGGCCCCCGGGCCACACUUUGGACACCUCUGUAGUAUGUGGCGCUGUAAGCGGGUUUCUCUGCGCUGUCACUUUAAACCAUCCUUUCGGUUCCUCGGUGGUCUAAGUAGAGAGUUCAUAAAGAAGAUAGCGGGCCAGUAAUACGUCACGCCCUUACGCUAGUUUUUUUUUUUUUUUUUGUCAUAAACGCAGCUGAGCCAUAAACGCAGACUGUCCUCCUUUCUUUGAACGCACCAGUUGAUCUCCGCUGUGGACCUGAGAGCGCCUCGUCAAAAAAAACGCAGCGUCGGACACGUUGACCAGCGCCGCAGAAAGAGAAGAAGAAGGAGAAGAAGAAGAAACGACGCAUGCCUUCAUAUACCGGGUUAUAUGUCAGUCUGAUUCUAUUUUCGCCGGAAUAACUUGUCCGUGCCUCCGAGCGGCCGCGCUCCCUCAUGAAGCGGCUCAGGAUCGUUAUAUAAGGCGGAUAGCGGUCCGAGAUGAGAGCGCGUCUCUGACAGCGGCAACAAUAGUCUGGCCGGGCUGCGUGUUCCCGUGUCUGCGCUCGGUUUAAAGGUUAACUCAUUAACGGUCCCGCUAACAGCGGGGAAGCUGCUCCCUCCACUGCGCUGUCCGUUUGAUUUAUUGUAAGCUAGGCGGCUAACCUGCCGCAGAUGAGCAGUGUGCGUAGCGGAAUGAUGAGCGGGACGAACCACCAAUUUGCCGCAGAUGAGUCAGAUUAACGCCAAGAAACCCUUCCUGUAAUUUGACGUGGAUUUUAAUUUCUAUUUAAAAUCGAAUCACCGCCUUUGGUUUGAUCUGGCCCCGAAGAUUUUUUUCUCCAUACAAGAGCAAAGAAUGGGCCCAUGUCUUAAUUUGGGAGACAAAAAAUUAGGCGCCUAAAGAGGGGAUAAGCCUGUUAGAUAAGCUUGCUCUGGGUGCUUUAUUGAGCCAACGAGCCUGGUGAGCGGUCAGUCUGGACUCCCUCUGCUCCUCUGCUGGAGGCACCUCUCCCGGUUUUUACCCUCUCUGUCGUCACAGCGAUGGGCAGCGCUGGGCCGGUGGAAGUCGAGCCCAUGCCGGGCUACUGGGAGCUCAUCACCAGAGGCUCCAGCGCCAUGCUGGGCGCAUGGAGGGACUGUAGCCACUGCGGGCUGGAGUUCUCCAAACGGACCCUCUUGGAUAACGCAUACAUCACCUGGACCGAAAUCGCCCUCUUUUUCUUUUGCGCCUUUUUGUGGACGAUAAUCAGGAAGAGACUGACAGAAAGUCUGUUUAAGCCUCUUGCACAGUGGUGCAGGCUGAUGCCCAAAGAUGCUGCCAAGAUGCCAGAGAGUGCGUGGAAGCUGGUCUUCUACACCAUGUCAUGGUCCUACAGCACCUACCUGCUCUUCUUCUCCUCCUACUCCUUCUUCAACAACCCACCAUCCGUCUUCUCCAACUGGAAGAGUGGUAUGACAGUGCCUACAGACAUCGCCAUAGCCUACCUGAUCCAGGGCAGCUUCUACGGCCACUCCAUCUACGCCACCGUCAACAUGGACACAUGGAGGAAGGACUCUGCUGUCAUGGUGGUGCAUCACAUCAUCACCCUGGCUCUCAUUAGCUUCUCCUACGCCUUCAGGUACCACAACGUGGGCAUCCUGGUGUUGUUCCUGCACGACAUCAACGACGUUCUGCUGGAGUUCACCAAGCUCAACGUCUACCUGAAGGCCAGAGGAGGCGGCUACCACCUGCUCAACGACGUUCUGUCCAACAUGGGCUCCGUCAGCUUCAGCGUCACUUGGUUCUGGUUCCGACUCUAUUGGUUCCCUCUUAAAGUGCUGUACGCCACAUGUGUGUCCAGCAUCCAGUCGGUCAAUAACAUCCCCUUCUACUUCUUCUUCAACGCCCUGCUCUUCGCCCUGCUGCUCAUGAAUAUCUACUGGUUCCUGUUUAUUGUGAUUUUCGUGGUGAAGCUGCUGAAGGUGAAGGAGGUGAACGACGUCAGGGAGUACGAAGACGAGGACGCCAGGAAGGCAGCAGAGGAGCUGCUAAAAGACGCAGAAAACAAUGAUGAUGAUGCUGGACAUCACAACUCAGCCCAGAGGAAGUACGUACAGAACGGAGUUACCAAGGACAAGCAUCUAUAACAGGCUCUCCGGUGCCCCCUCCUGGCUCUGGACUGCACCUGCAGGCCCUCCUCGGACAGCAGAGGUUCAAAACGUGACCGGACGGGAAAGAGCAUCACAACCACAAAACAAAAGAAAGAAACAAGAAGUAGAGAAGGGAAAGUUAGGAUACAAUCAGUUUAUAUUUUGUAUUUGUUUUAGAGCAUUUUGUUUUCAGGUUUAUUUUGUUAGAGCACUGUGAAUGUCAUUUCAGCUGACUUCCUCUCUUGCUGUUGUUGGAUUAACAUUUGAUAGAUCUAGACCUUCUUGAGGGAGGGAUGAGGAUAGGAGCCAGUUUAGAUCUGUUCUCAUGUCUUCGAAUAACCUGUAGGAACCAAGGGAACAAGCAAGAGGUUGGGGUAAUUUGUUUAGUCGUUCUUCCCUCUCCACUUCUUUAACUUCCAUCCAUCCGCUCCGACUUAUUGUAUGAGAAGAAAUGAGGGAUUAUCGCUGCUAAUCCUUCAUCUGCUUCCCAGUUUCCUACAUCCAUUCAUUUAAACUGAGAGGCCAGAGGCAGCGUUUGCAUAUUUUAGGACGCCAAGAUCCCGCAACUUUUAAAGUAACAGGAAUAAUUUAUUUCAUGAGACUUCUGACCCACAUGAACUUUGAAUAUUCCCUUGGAUUCCUCUCCAGAAAGCGCUCCUUUUCCUUUUUUUGUGCUGUUUUGUCUCUGUAUAGGCUACAUAGCAUCCGUUGCUGCACUGACAUGAAGGCGUACAAGCUCACUGCUGGUUUAAUGACAGCAAACAGCUAGAAUUGAUUGACUAGGUCUUUAUCGCAAUUUGAUUUGCUUACGAAAGAGAUUUCUAAUAUUGUUAAAUGAUAUUCAAUGUGUUCAGGUGACGGACGGUGGUGGAAAAUCAAAAACAAUGUAUGCACUCACGCUACUAUUCAGGAAUGCAUGAAGUCAGAAUGAUUUUUGGAAAUGUGUGACGUAUUUUUCACAAAUCUUUUAGGUAUAUCACCGAUAACUAAAACUGCUCCUAGAAGUGACUGAAGUCCUAACAUGCAAGUCAGUAUUUUACACCUUCUCCCAGCGGCACCUAAACGCAUCUUCUAGACAAAUGUGAUCAAACUAUACACUGGAGAAAAUAAGCGUUGUCAGUGUUCUCAGUAAAUGUAUUUCUAAUGGUGUUGUUAGCAUGUAAUUCACAUCGGAUUUCAGUAACAACCCAACUAAUCCACACUUACAGAGAAAUAAACAGAUAUUAAUCUGCUAAUUAGGUUAUGUGCGAUAAAGUGGAGAGACACAAGAAAAAAAAGAAGUGUAAAAAUGCUGAAAUCUGUUAGUAUUUAGAAAAUCUGUUGCUCGAGGUUUAGUCGUAAUUUAUGGCCUCUAAAAAUGUUUCAAAUGUUUGUUGAAAGGUCUCUGCAGUCGUUUUACAGCAAAUUAUACGGAUGACAUUUGUUAUAAACAAGAGAGAAUAUCUCACCAGAACCUUUAGGAUUUUAACUAGUUUGAAAGAAUGGAUCAAAACCAUUUAGUUUCUCCAUACAGGAGACUCUGUGAAGGUGUCCCACCAAAACAGACUUUUCUAUUUCCUAUUUAUUAUCUGCGUCAUUCCACUAAAUUGAUUUUAUUCCCUUACAUGUUAUUACCGACAUCUGCGACAUCAAAUAUAUGCGCCGUAAUGACGUUGCUGCGUUCAAUGCUUAUUUUUCCAGUUGUAUAAGAUGCACAUCUAGAAACCAGAAGUAAUUAGAAUUUAAACGUUUUUCAAAACUUGAACCAUAAAUUGAAAACCAAAGACUAAGAGGAAUCAUUUUCUGAGGUGCCUGCUGGUUUACUGCAUGCCUGUAGAAGAAAAUAAGGAAUGUUUCCACUUUGUCUACCUUCUCGAUCAAAUUCCAGCUCUUGUUUGGAGGAACAGCAUGCUUGUGCUGCUUGAGCAGGCCGCAGAUGUUGAUAAUCCGUCGGCGGGAGGACGCGGGUGUCUGUUCUCUUUCGUUUCUGUCUUCCAUCAUCCUCAAACCAGUGUUUCAGGAAAAUUGAAGCUUAUCUUGAAAUUUUACUUUAAAUUAUGAUUAUUGUUGCUGUAGUUAAUUUGAUGUUUGUAUUUUUUUUUCUUCGUUGAAUUGCUGCUGUUUUUAUCUCUGAGAGCACUGUUUGUAUUCCAGAUGGUUUUUCUUUUGUUUCGUUUUGUUUUCUGCUGAUGUUGGGGACAGUCAUGUGAUCAGGGGACCAUCACUCACCUCUAUCUGGACCAACAUCUGGAUUCAGCCUCUGAUCCGUUCCUGUUGAUCAUUCUCUUAUUACUGUAGUACAUCUGUGUUGUAAACAACACGGUCCGCCCGUUGCUCACCUUCCUUCUCAGCUCUGAUACUCUAAUCUGUUUCUCUUUUAAUGACAGCAGUAAUCCCAGAGUGAGUCACAAACCCUGAAAUCUGUGAUCUGGAUUGUCUCACUACAUUAGAGGGCUGCGACGAGAUGAGCAAACAACAAACUUUCUCUGGAAGAGGCCACUACCUGUCUAGAUGGUUUCUGUCCUUAUUGCACCUCAGGGUUUGUUGGCUUUUGUGGACAUUUUUCAUCAAUUAGCUUUUUGAAAAUCUUUACCCUUUUGGAGGUUUUGAGAUGCUGACAUUGGCAGCGCCUGGUAAAUAUGUGCAAAAAGCCUUCAUUACAAUAGUUCAUUACAAUCGCAUAUUUAUUCAGAUGGGAAAAAACCCAUGUGUAGAAAUAAUUGUACCAGAAACUGUGGAUCUAAAUUUUUUUCUAGAUCUGUUGGUGAACCACUCCCGUUUAUCAGAUUUUUAGGGAAAAUCUUAUAUUUUAAAGAUCUCAUGCUGUACGCGCUCUAACAGUCCACUGGGCUUUUUAGAAGAGAAACAGACUCAAAGCAUCACAGAUCCUCCACCGUGCUUUACAGUGGAAAUCAGAGGCUGUUUCACAAUUUCACUUUGUUUUAAGCCAGACCAAUGUGGAGUUUUCUGACCAAAAUGCAGUUUAGCAAACUGUAAGUUGACACAAUAUCCUAUUUAUCCCCCAAGAAAACUGCAUAAAAAAUUUAUUUAAUUUAUUUCUAAGAGAAAUUGGAGGAUCAAUACAUCAGGCACCAGUGGCUUUGUUCAAAAUAAUUAAGUUUUUUUUUCCCUGACUGAAUAUUUUCAGUGUGAUAUGUAAUAUCAUAUUACAUUAUUUUAAGGCUUUUUACACGUCUUUACAAGGGGUGCCAAAAACUGUGGCCCGCACUAUAAAUGAUUAUUAAAAAUACAGCCAAGAAUUGAGAUUCCCAUGAUCCUAAACAAAGAAAACGACUAAAAACAAGAUGAUUCACGUGUGCAGCUCACGUUUACAGAUUGAACAUUUGACAGUCUGAAUUCGACACCUAAUGUCAAACGAAUAAAAGAUGAUCUUGGGGUUUAUUGUAAUAACAAACCAAAUACAUGUUUAUGUCCACAGGAGAUGUGGUGGAUUUUUCCCAAAACAUCAGGAUCGGACAGAAAUGUUCAAAUGCGCUCAAACAAAACCGCGUUGUGAAUGACGUAGCAUCUGCAGAUCUAAUCUCAUAUAACAGUGAACGCUGCAUUAAUAGGAUUUAAGAAGUGGCAUUCUUUUGUUUUAAGUUGAGCUCUGCAGGAAUAUGUUGGAAGGGAAAAUCUUUUGUGAAGACAUUACGAGCUGAAAUAAUUUACCAAUGAUGAAAUCGAGGCUCAGUCCAAAUUUUACCAUUAAAUAUGAAAUUUUGCACAGAAACUGUGAUAUUGAGGAUGGAAAGUGAGUCAGCUCCACCAGUGCUUCAAUUGUGCCAAAACAUGUCCUCUGAAACAAUAAAGGGAAGUGUGGGAGUUGGUGAUUGAAGCUGAGGAGCUGGUUGAGCGUCGGGCACAGAAGCCCGGUGGAUAUUUCCUGCACAUCGCAUUAUCAUUUAAAAUUGCAUUGUUUCUAUCGCUUAUUAGUAGAUUAAAACAAAGAAAAAGGGAGCAAUUGAGACUUUUUACCGUGACUGAAGGAUCAUUGACUAAAUCAGGCAUUGAAAUGCAAUUUACUGAUUUUUUUGGACCACUGGUGAACACUGUAAACUACAAAAAUUACAAAAAAAA